CAAUGAUCUCAGCAGCCAUAGGUGUAAUUGGUCUUGGUCACGACACAUGAGUUCGAAUCCGAAGGAUAUCGCUUGUAAGACGAGGCCAUCUGUCACUUUGUGCGUGCUACAGUGACCGUCUGCGGCAAAGGAAAUGAUAGCCCAGCAUCGACGAGGUGGCCAUCCACCAAAGACAAACAACAAUAGUACGAAUCAAUCGCUCUUUUCUGACAACGACAACGAGAGUGACUCCUCUAAUGUGCUAGCGUCAGGUGAAGAAAGUGUCUCGAUCGCUAGUGAAGUCAAGGAGCGCCAAGACCAUCAUAUUCUUGACACAACUGGGAGCACAAAGGCGGACAGCAGUAUGAUGAGUGGUGACGGAGGCCGUGAUGGGGAAGUAAUCAUAACGCCUCCUACUGGGAGGACCGGAGCAGGAAGAACAGCUCGAAGAGAAAUAAUUGAGGACUGUUUUGGAGAGCCAGUGCUCGUUGUGCGCAGUAUCGGGAGCUCACCUUCUGACUCUGGAAUACUAGAUCAGCGUGAAAUUGAAGGCCUAGAUGGCACGACAGUUAUCAAUGGCACAAUAGUAUCCGCGAGGCCAAAGUUGGUCUCACAGAGAGAUCUGUUGCGACUGGACGAGAAGAGAAGGCGGGAGGAGGAGAAAAGGAGGAGACGAGAGGAGGGUAGUGCAGUUGUUAUGACAUGUUGUCUGCUUAAGAUACGUAAGUCAAAAGCAAAUCCUUUACCUUGAAGGGAAAGGGAUUUGAUUCGAUUUUGAUUUUGUUCGAUCUAGACCCAAUGAAUUCCUUAGUAACUGUUUGAUUUGAAAAAAGUGCAAACUGCUACACACUCUAAUUCACGACCCAGAAGUCCCGGCACGUUUUUAUACCAUCCCGACCAAGCUGAUGCGAGCGAUGAACAAACGGAAGCGUUGAUGGAUGGUAGAGGUUGGAACGGCCCAUACACCCACCCAAGCGCUACAGCGAGCAGAUCAGUUUCAUCGAGUUCGGCUGAAGGAGGUCAUGGUAUAAGUCCGCGAGGACCCGCUAAGCCAGGAGCACCAGGCAGUGCGAGAUUCGCGCCGGCUUCGAGCAUUAAGGCCUGGAAAUGGCUCACUUUCCGAAGGAGCGCUAGCUGUAGAACUUUUGAAUAUGUUUUCAUCCACGAGGAUUCUAGAAGUCCGCCAUAUGUCUUAGAGCUGCUUGUCCAGAGAGAUGGAAAGCAAUCAGCCAUUUGUCUAACUUCCGGAAUAAAGAACCUCCGGGUGCGCGAGGCGCGUUGUCAGCCAGGGCUGGCUCGGGUGCGUCAGGUUUGUCGUCUUCAUCGUCGUUUAUUACGGCAGGAAACGUCACAGCAGGAGGACGAGGAGUGGUUUCGGGCUCGGUGGCUUCCAGUAGAGAGCUCUGCGUUCUGUGGGUUUUUGUACUAGCGAAUUUAGUCGUCACCGUAGUGGAAAUAUGGGUAUCGGUGUGGGCGAAUUCGGUCACGCUUUUAUGAAUAUCAGGCCGUCUAAAUCGAUACACAUAAAGAUCCUUUUUUGGAGCUUUUCCUCUUCUUUACUUCUACCCAGAUAAAUCAGUCGAUGGUAAAAUCUGCUAUACAAAGCCUUUUACUCUUUGUCCUAUCAUCUUCUCAACGAUCAGCUCCCUCCCCUCUAAUUCCCCGUGCCGACGGCUACUCAGUUGGGACCGACACUGCCAGUUACGGUUUCAAUCUGCUGAUAGAAUACUUCAAGGACCGGUAUCCUUCGCGAAAAGACGCUCUCGAUAUUGCUGGGGCAGUGUUGUCGUUAGGGUUGCUGUUCGUCUGUACGGUUUCCGUAGCACAUGAAAGUAUCCUGAGAAUGGAGGAUGCUAGACACGCAGACUACUUUCGGCAUCGCGCGUGGCAUACGCACGUUUGGUACAAGAAAGCAGGAGCUCAUGGAGAAGCGGUAGUACUUUGAAGGACUUUAGGUUCGUGAGGUAGAACUUUGAAGAACUCCAUAAGAGCAUUCCAAUUCGAAGAAAUUGGCGUGACUUCCUCUCCAAUCCCCCAAGGCCAACCUCAUCCUCAAACUCCUUCAAUUUUUGUCUCCGUCCACUACAGGUUGACUUCAAACCAGUUUUCUGUUGUGCAGCCCUUGCGAUGAGCCUAGAUAUCUGCCAGAUUAUGGCGAUCCGAUUUAUCGUGACAAAGGACUCAGCGCAGAGACAGGGGAACGUCAAUAUGGACGCGGCUUUGCUCCAUUUCUGGGCAGACGUGCUUCGCGGGUUUUUCGUCUUCGGAAUGAGCGCGGUGAUGUGGUAGGAGUGUUGAUUUCUUCUUGGAAGUAGAUCUAGGACUAGUCCACUGGAAAUGCAGACAAAAUGAAUCAGGAAUGAUUACUGAACCAGGAUCAUGAUCAUUUCAAUUAUUCCCCACCCAUUCAUCUAGAGAAGUAAACUUUUUUUUUUGUCUAAGGUCUACCUGAUUAUUCCUCACCCUUUUCCUCUGCUACAUCGAACAGGAUGAUUCGUAUCGAUCCCCAGAACGCGCAGAUGUUAGAUGGAUGCGCCUCGCUGAUGAUUUCUAUCUUACUGGGCACAGUUCUAGUCGCAAUGCUAUUGAAGUAUUGGCGAGAGCGGAAAAUGAAGCAAGCUGGUGACGACGCGGGGGCGACUGUGCGACUGCUGUAAAAGUAGAGACGUAAAAGAGGCAUUAGGAGUGACUUGUGCUUUGGGAGUAUUAAGUACUGUAGAGCAAUCUACAACUUCGAAGAAGUUGGUAGCAAGGGGCAGCAGGAGUAACCCUGAUCAUUCAUGUUCUUGAAAUCAAGAGAGCCAGGGCGAGGUGAGGGAGACCAAUGCAAGUGAACACGGUGUAGUAAUACGUAUUUGAUUCCAGUAUCCAGAUGGCGAGUACAUAAAACUUUCUGAAAUUUCAUAAAUCCACUUGAUUAUUCCAUUAACAUUCAUCCAUGUUCCUCUUUAGUAACAUCCAUUUCAUUCUUCUAGUAACAACAAGUAAGUAUGUCACAACAUGCAAGUAGUGAAGCAAUUAUCACUUCAAGUAGAGACGAAAUUUUAUUGAGUAGUUACUCACAAGCAGACACUACAAGUUAGUAGCCGUAGUUCAUGUGUCUGAAUAAUUCUGGCGGGACGGGGGGUGAAAAAUAUCACUUGCUCCGUGUACUGGGAGAAAGUUCCAAGAAACUAGUAUGUGGGAGAUACACUAUUAGAGACCAGAAAUACACUUCACGUUCACAUAAUGACGAAGAUGAAAGGAAAUCCUCCUUGCAUUCUCGAUAUUUAGCAGAACCGCACGAACAUUGACUAUUAGGAGAAACACAG